AUGGCUUUGAUGAGAAGUCUAUUGGGUGCAAAGAAAAUACUUGGACGCUCCGUAACAGCAGUAGACGCAACAAGCAAAAGAGCAGCCUCUCCGGCACCAAAAGGGUUUCUUGCGGUGUACGUAGGAGAGAGCCAGAAGAAGAGAUAUGUGGUGCCAAUUUCAUAUUUGAGCCAGCCGUCGUUUCAAGCUCUGCUCAGCAAAUCAGAAGAAGAGUUUGGCUUCGAUCAUCCAAUGGGUGGCUUAACCAUCCCUUGUCCUGAAGAUACUUUCAUCACUGUGACGUCUCGGUUCCAAUGA